ACAUUUCUUGCAACGUGGGUCGCGCGCGAAACAGCGCGAAAGAAUGUAAAGCUGCACUCGGUGCGGCGCGGCGGGAGUGGGGCGAAAGGGUGAAAAAAGGGGUGGUGGGAGAUGCUGGGCCCCGAGGAGAGGAGGGGGGAGCCAGCAAGAGAGCAGGUUCGCCAGGACCCCAAACGUCUUCGUCUCACGUUGGUCCCGCUACCACGAGGUUUUUAGUUGUCAGUCAAAAGCCACAGUGAUCGGAGCGUUUCCAAUUCUCGUCGUAGAAUAAAAAAAAAAACGCGUGCGCGACAACACUCUGGAAAAGAAAAAAAGGCGAAAAAAGCCCAGUGUCCAACUGGCACUCGGCCAAUUAAAUACGAAGCUUAUAUAUACGUAAAAAAAUCCGUUCGGGGAGCGCAUGUUCAGCGUACCAAGUGCAGUGGGUGCAUCGUGCAUCACCAGUUGUGUCAUGGGAGUGUCGAGGACUAGUUCGUGACUGAGACAACAGGACCUGAAUCCUGUAGUGGAUAUUUUCAACAGAAAAAAAAAAUUAACAGACAAAAUACUCUCUGUUUCUGGAUUUUCUUUUUCGUUCUAGAGGGAAAAGAAGAGAGGGGCAACUCUUUGGAUUUAGGGGUGUUUUUUUUUUGCUACUAUUAUUUAUAUUUUUUUCCAAAACAAAUUUGGCGGCAGAUGCGACAUUCAUGUGCCUGACAGAGGACGACGAUUAGAUCACCAUGGGCCAGCGGAUUCUUCAGAAAUUCAUAAUGAAUCUUGUGGUAAUCACAACCGUAGCGUCGUCGAUGUCGGUGGAGCGACGUGGGAGGCACAUCGCCACUCUGGCAGAUUCUAGUCAAUGGACCAAUUCCACUAAGCAACAGAAGGAUUCCGUCUCUUCUGAUCGAGUAUCCGCCAAGCGGGACAAAGACGACACUCUGUGGAACGACGGCAUCCUUAUGUCCUCCGCGGGGAACGGAAAGGAGCAAAAAUCCUCAUCGGACGAUGAUGACGAGAAGAAGACCCUAUCUCAGCAGGUGAAAGAGGGCAAGUACGGAUUGAUUCAAAGCGAGCUGUACCCACGCGAGCCGAAGCGACCCGGUAUCAUCAGCUACCUUCCCAAUUCGGAGGUUCCCAAAGACACAGUCAAGAAUCUCGGAGGUCUCGAUAAGGACGAGAUUUGGAUGGCGGAAAACCACAUUCUCGUUCUUCGUGGCGGAAGCUUUCCCAAAGAUGACCCGGCGUCUCGGAACUCGGAGACGCCAUGGCCACCGAUUGACGACUACGAGGCUCCCAGAAGACAGGUCAAGAUUCCAAAGGAUCCCAAAGUUCCGCCACCGUUCCCGAUUCAACUAUCAGACGGCGGGUCGAUUCAGAUCAUCGGCAACAACGGAACUGGUUCUCGGGACAAUGGAACAAUGGACUACGAGUAUUUAAGCGGGUCCAAGGGCUAUCUACCCGGAGAAGGUCCCUUCUUCUCAGUUCCCACCGGUGACUCCCUAGCGUCUCCAGGUUUCAUCAAAUCCGUCAACGACACGCAGGGAUCGAUCGCCGAGAAAAAAGGCAAAUCCGAACCGCCUUUCGAUGUCCUCCCCCCGUUCUUUCCCUCACUUCCUCCAGGAGCAGUCUUUGUCCCACCUCCCUCAAACAUGUCCGACUACGACGAAGACGACCAGUCUAUUUUCUACCCUCCGCCCUACAGUUUCGUGUUCCCGCAAGACAACACGACUGCCAUUCCACCGGGUCCUCUUGUGCCCGGCAUCAUCCUUCCUCCGCCGCCAGACUUUUUCUCUACACUGGAAGAGAAGAAGACGAGUGCAAAGGGAAAGCCGAGUCGACUAACCACCCCGGCACCAAAGUCUCGAACCACCUACUUCACGUCAAGGAAAACUGGCACCAAACUCUACAAAACCACAGCAACCCCCACCACUCAGUCGCCAAUCAGAAUCGGUACUCUGCCCGUUACCAGUAAACCUACCGGCAAAAUAAAACUCAAGAGUGUAACACACAAGCCUUUCUUCCUAGAAAUAACGACACCAAUUGCAGAAACUAGCUCCCAGUUGGAGAAGACCAAGUCCGCGUUCGGGAAUACAAAAUCCGUGUUUCACAAUACGAAAUCAACGUACGAGAAUACAAUAGAUGCGAGAACGGAAAAGAAUCCAUGGUCUUCGGUAAUUAGCAAGAGUGUUCCUCUAACUUACUACGCCACGACGAGUCCCUCUUCUGUGGAUCAACCAGUCGAGGCAACUCCCGCCACGAUAAAAUCAAUCAUCACCACUAAAAACUCUGGAAGAGUUCCCAGCAAGGCUUCUUAUUACUUCUACGAAGAAGCGACGGAAGAGCCUUCGACAAUGAAACCACCGAUGUACCGCACGACAACCGUCAUUCCCUUCCUGAAAAGCGAGAAUCCGGAGCAGGACCGCAAGAAUAAUUACUACAAAGUAGAGAUGCUGCCUGCUCGACAAACCACAACGGACAUCAGUGUCAAACUAAUCGAUUCCAUUCUCAAAGAUCCCCAAGUUUUCCAGUACACCGAAGCGGAUCCGCCCAACGAAAAGGAGAAUCUACCCCCCAAUUCCGGACCAAUUUUCUUCGAAAGUGUCCCUGGCAGGUCUCUCGAUCUAAACAGUUACUACACUACUAUGAAACCCAAGAGUUCCCUGGACUUGAAUUCCUACUACACGACCCAAAAACCAAAAAGUUCUUUGGACAUGAAUUACUACACGACUCAGAAACCAAAGAGUGCUUUGGAGAUGAACUCUUACUACACGACUCAAAAACCAAAGAGUUCUUUGGACAUGAACUCUUAUUACACGACACCGAAACCCCAGAAUUACUAUCGGGAGGAUACGAGUAUAGAGGAGCGUAAGCCAAAGCCUAUCUAUCAGUACAGUUUCGAGGCCGCGGGUUACUCGAAGCGGGACAAACAGAAACAGGACUUGGCGUCCUAUAACGAAUUCCAAGACAUUCAGACUGUGAGUGAUCAAUACGAUUACGAUGGGUCGGAGUCCCUUCCCGAGGAGCAGAUCCGGACCGAGAGAAUACCAUCCGACAGGGCUCCGUUAGAAAGGAUCCCUUCGGACAGAAGUCCUUUCAACCCUCCGAAUACUAUUCCAGACCGGAGUCCUUCCAAUACGAUUUCCGCAGAUCGUAACCGUUUGGAAAGAAUUCCCUCCCACAGAAUCCCCUACAAAACGCAGUCCAUCUACCAGACAACUAUCUCGCCCUUCAUCGACUCAACAAUGGACCCCCAUCAGUCCUACUUCACCAAACAAGACGAACAACUCCUGGACGAUGUGACCAAGGAAUACUUCACAGCUUUCGGCAAGAAACUCACCAGCCGAGGGCAGAGCACGACCCCCAUCUACGGAAAGUCGAGCACAGUAACCGAAAAGCCAAAAUACAGCACCUACGUCCCAAAUCACUACGACUUCCGACAGCUCAAGACUAAAGUAAAAGUCCACUACGGCGAUCAGUCCCAGGGACCGUUUUCCCUCAAAGGCGACACUCUCGUCAACUACCAACACCCACUACCAAUAAAUCCCGACAGUGAACCGAUAGAAAAACCCGUAUCACUAAAAAACGAUAUUCUGGUGAAUUACCGUAACCCCCUACCUCCCAUCAAUCCGGACAGUGAAUUCAUAAACGUCAAUUCGCAAACGGUUCCGCGGGAGUUUCAGGACUUCAUCCCCGUGGAGAAUCAAGUCAGAGCCUACAGACCUCAGGGCAUCAGGGCUCAGUCGGGUUUCACGCCAAUUAGAAACUACGGGGACCAAAGAUUACAGAGAAUUCGCGGCGAGGGGGGAUUUUUGCCAAUUGCAAACUGGAACAAAUAUCCGCGACCCGUGUCUCUGCAGGGCGACAUUGCAGUCAACUAUCGAAAUCCACGUCCGCCAAUAAAUCCCGACGCUGAGUUCAUCACUCCUGUUCAGAAUUCCGAGACGGUCAAGGCGAAUUCAUACAUUGAGUACAGUUUGCCAGGUGGGCAAGUCUACUUUUUCCCGCCGCAGGCCAAUCCAACGAGACAGGACGACAGGGAGAGUGUUUUCGCGAAACCGAGAACGUCGAGGUUCCUUCGACGGAGACGCGGUCCUGGAACUAACGUUUAGAAAAGUUUGCAAGGAAAAAAAUCGGAGUGAAGUUUCUUUUCCUCUGUCUUAAAACAAAUGCAGUGAAACAAGAAACUUUAAUUGUUUAUAAAAUCAGGGUAAUCACAAGUUUCAGUUUAUCAAUUUCCCUGACAAUUUACUGACACUACAAUUAUUUUCCCUGACAAAAUUCUUUCUACAGGAAAAUAUAAAAGUUUA